UUACACACAAAGUGCCUGCACCAUGGCCAGACAGCGACCAUGAGUUGUUGGCAUCUUCAUGUCUCUUUGACAUCCCACACCAAGUCAUCAUGAUAUCCGCAGGCUAUGGAGAUGCUUUGCAUCGAUCCAUCUAUGAUUUGCCCCACAUCACCUCCCAUUCGGACAAUCACCCGUCCGCCACGCUGAUUGAGCAAGAGGAGAUCGAGGCACUCUUCACAGACUUGUUGAAUGGAGUUCCUUCACCUGGAGUGCCGGCCACAUCUCAGAUAGAAGUCGAGGAUUCAGAAUCAACGCCAGCUCAAACUACGCUUCGCACGUCCGAGCACGCCAAGUUUCUGGCAUCCUCCCUGUUUCGACUUCCAGCUCCUUUCGUCGCGCUAGAUGCCAGUCGACCAUGGCUGAUAUACUGGACGUUUCACAGUAUGGACAUUUUGGGUCUGACAUCAGACCAAGAGAUCAGGAAAAGGGCCGUGUCUACCAUUGUUCACUUCAUGCACCCCUUGGGAGGUUUCGCAGGCGGAGCGUCAAACACACAGCUGCCUCACCUUCUCCCGACAUAUGCCUCCACAUGCUCAUUGGCGAUAGUGGGUGAUGCUGGACAGAAUGGUGGAUGGCACCAGCUCGCAGCGAAUCGACAAGCGACCUAUGAUUUCUUCAUGAGAUGCAAGCAGCCCAACGGGGGGUUCGUCGUUUGCCAAGGUGGAGAGGUGGAUGUCAGAGGGACGUAUUGUCUUCUAGUUGUGGCAACUCUGCUCGAUCUCCUGACACCUGAACUUCUACACAAUGUGGACCAAUUCAUCGCCUCGACGCAGACUUACGAAGGAGGAUUCGCCAACGCAACUUUCCCCCUCACUGGAAUCUCGCCUCCCCGCUCUCCGGCCAUGGCUGAGGCGCAUGGAGGAUAUACGUCCUGUUCCCUCAACGCUCAUUUCCUUCUUUCCUGCCUCGGUCCACCGGAGAAACCUUCACCCCUCGGCUCAAGCUUCCCAAAAGCGAUUGACAUAGAUAACGCUGUCAGAUGGAGUGUGAUGAUGCAAGGUGAGGCUAUUGAGGCUGGUGGAUUCAGGGGACGAAGUAACAAACUCGUCGAUGGCUGCUAUUCGUGGUGGGUCGGAGGCGGGUUCCCAGUCUUGGAGGCCCUGGAGCGGAGGAGAAAGAUUGCAAAAGGACAGAGUGUAUCGGAGGAUGGCCCCAGGUUGUUCAACCACGUCGCUUUACAAGAAUAUACUCUCGUGGCUGCUCAGCGCGAAGCUGGUCUUGGCGGCGGUCUACGUGAUAAACCUGGCAAACGACCAGACCUGUAUCAUACCUGUAAUAAUCUUUCGGGUCUAGCAACAGCCCAACAUCGCAUGGUACAAUCUCAAACCGUGCUGGAAGAGAAGCGUCAAAACUUCGAUGCCUCGAAAGGACUCCCCGCCGUUGUACCUAAGACCAAAUCAGGUGGAUGGGGAUCAGAGGAACAGCGACAGGCUGUCAGGCGAGAAGUGUGGGCGAACGCUCUUGCUUGGGUCGAUCAAGAGGAGUCAGUGAUAGGCGGAAGGGAGAACAGGGUGAACGCCACCACACCCGUCUUCAAUCUCACGCCGGAUCGAUUAAAACCAUUUAUCGACUUCUUUUACGGUCAAUCAUCGUAACAAUUAGUAGCAUCGUCUUUG